AUGACCACCAUGACAGAUGCCAGCACUCCCAGCCCGACUGCCAAGACUGGCUCUUCGAUACAGCUCACCCAUCGCAAUGAUCGCACCUUCCUCAUGGCUGUGGUCCAGUCUCUGGUACGACUAAUGCGAACGCGCAUCAGCAACCGUCAAGCAGACCACGAGGAAGGGUCAAUCCGACUCAAGCCAAAGCAAUCGAACCUCUCCCAGUGUACCCUCCACGAACGAACUGUAUGCGACAUACACAUAUACGAUGUCAUACCACCCAACAAAGCAGAAAAGAGCUCGAAGAAGCGGAUAUACUACUUCGCCGGUGGCAGUUGGCAGGAACCGCCCUCUCCACAACACUACAAGAUCUGCGCCAAGUUAGCUAAAGAGAUGUCCGAUACUUCCAUAUCGAUUGUAUCGACACCUCUUGCGCCCAACGACCCCGCGCACAAGUCGUUCCCUGUCUGCCAAAAGACAUACCGGGCUUUGAUGGCCGAAGCGGAAGAGGCUGGAGAGAAAGUUAUACUGGCGGGUGACUCCUCGGGAGCGAAUAUUGCUCUGUGUCUUGUGCUGGAGGCCCUACAGGAGGAUAGCGAGAACGAAGGCGUUGAGAUCAAGCAUCUCCCACACCCCGUCGCCAUCAUGAACGUAUGCCCAUCGACCGACUUGACUCGCGAAAACUCCGACAUCGAUAAAGUGGCACCUCGAGACCCUCUCCUCACACCCAAGAUCAUCAGAGCGACAGCGAAAGCAUGGCAAGGAGACUGGGACGCCGCCGAUCGCCGCAUAUCCCCUAUCAAUGCCGACAUUUCACUACUCGCGAAAAAGGGCAUCAAGGUGCACGGAAUAACUGCUGGAUGCGAUGUGCUAAGCCCGGACGGCGUCAUCUUCCGCAAGAAAUGCGAGGAACACGGUGUCAUUGGCGAGUGGGUGCACUGGGAGAAGCAAAUGCACUGCUUCGUUCUGACCAUGCCGUAUGGACUGGUCGAGGCAAAGGAUGCCUGCCAGUGGAUCGUAGAUGUCCUGAAGAAGGAAUGA